AUGCCGUCCUCGGAGGUCGUCCUGCAGCCAUCCCCCAGCAAGAAGCAGAAAGGCUUGGUGCCUGGGGAGCCCGCUGCACGGCUCCGCUUCGCUAAGCUGUCCGAGAACGCCUGCACCCCCUCCAGGGGCUCUGCUCGGGCUGCCGGCUACGAUCUGUUCAGUGCCUAUGACUGUGUGAUACCACCCAUGGAAAAGGCUGUAGUGAAAACAGACAUUCAAAUUGCACUUCCUUCUGGAUGCUAUGGCCGAGUAGCACCACGUUCUGGUUUAGCUGCAAAGCACUUCAUAGAUGUUGGUGCUGGUGUUAUUGAUGAGGAUUACAGGGGAAAUGUUGGAGUAGUACUCUUCAACUUUGGGAAAGAGGCUUUUGAAGUUAAAAAGGGGGAUAGGAUUGCCCAGCUUAUUUGUGAACGCAUUUGCUAUCCUGAGCUAGAAGAAGUUCAAGCUCUAGAUGAUACAGAACGUGGUGAAGGUGGCUUUGGUUCUACUGGAAAGAACUAA